CAGUAAUCAUGCUUUCAAUUCGAGUAUUGGGUUUGUUCGCCGUUAUUGCGAUCGCAUUAGUUUUAGUAGAGUCUGAAUUUAGUGAAGUUUGUUAUGGUGAACUUCCAGCCAAUGCGAUGUGUUCAGUAGAAAAUAACAAAACCAGGCGAUGUCAGUGUAAAGAGGGAUAUGAAAUGGACAUCAUUUGUACAUCGAAUGGCUCGAUAUUUUCCUGCCAGGAUAUAGAUGAAUGUGCAACCAAUAAUGGAUCGUGUGAAUUUAAAUGUCAAAAUGAACCUGGUAGUUAUAACUGUUCGUGUCCAGAGGGGUCUGAAUUACAGGAAAAUGGUUUGAAUUGUGAACCAAUUAAACCAGGUCCCUGUAUGUUUGAGAAUCAAACAGUAACUGGAGUUUCACAAAAUUUCAACAGAACUUAUAUUGGCAAUGAAAAUGAAACAGAGUGUGAGAAGAAAUGUAACACAACCGUGGGAUGUACAGAUUGGUUGAUACUUGAUGGACACUGCCAAAAUUUCGGUCUUCCAAUAAUUCAAGUCGAACUAAUCCCUGACGGAAGCCCAGAAAAGUGCAAAGACCUUUGUGCUCAGAAUAAAAAAUGUGUAACUGCCCAAUAUUUUGUGACGUGUACUCUGUUUGACACGAAACAAACGGAAUUUGAUGAUGGCUGUGAUCCAGAGACCGUUUUCCACAAGAUUGAUAUGAAUUGUCUUAAUUGAAUUGUAAUAAAUGGUUCAUGUUAUUAAAAUGAAAUAGAAAAUGUU